AUGAGCGGACCAGGAGCCGGCCAUCAAUUCCCCAGCGAGGAUGUGAGUUGGAUGAAGAGAGACAUCCUCCUCUUUGCAAACAGCAUUGGAUGCACUGCGGAUGAACUCCAUUUUCUUUAUACAGCUGACUGGUUACUCCAGGAAUUACACCCAAACUUUGCAGCUUUCCCAACAUAUCCUGUCAUUUUACCGUUUAAACAUACCUCUCAGGAGGUUAUUGAUUUCUAUUCAAGCAAAGCCAGCAGAGCCAUUCCAGGUGUACCUCCUCUUGAUCCUAAACGUACUGUCGAUGGCCAGAGGAGAAUGAUCUUCUACAAACCCCUUCCUGUCACUAGCGAGGGCCGCAAGUUUGAGCUACAAUCCAGGGUCAUUGGCGUGUACGAUAAGGGAAAAGUCGGCACUGUUGUGGAAGUGGAGUACUUAAUCGUUGAUAAGGAAACCGGAGAGUUAUACACAAGGAUGAUUGGAAGUGCAUUCUAUAUCGGCCAGGGCAAUUGGGGCGGUCCAAAGGGCCCUGCGAGUGUGAACUUCUCCCCACCCCAGGGCAAGAACCCCGAUGCAGUCCACGAGUAUCAAACCACUGAAAACACCGCCAUGCUCUAUAGACUCAACGGCGACUACAACCCACUUCACGCAGAUCCUGCACCAGGGAAGAAGAUGGGUUUUGGUGGUGUUAUAAUUCACGGCCUCUUCAGUUGGAAUAUGGUAGCCCAUGCCGUACUUGCUAAAUUAGGUGGCAGUGAUCCCAAGAACAUGAAAGAGUUCCAGGCUCGAUUCGCUUCUCCAGUUCGACCUGGCGAUAAGCUUACUACGGAGAUGUGGAGGACAGGUAAAAUAGAGGAUGGGUUUGAGGAAAUCAUCUUCACCACUAAAAAUGGUCAAGGGAAGGUUGUCUUGAGCAACGGCCGUGCUCUCGUGAGAGUUGUCGGGACUAAGAGCAAGCUGUAG